GCGGAGCGGGCGGCCGUUGCGCGCUGUGAGGCGGUGAGGUGAGGCCGCGGCGGGCGGAGGGGUGAGACAGGACUCUCCGGGACCGGGCUGCCUUCCUCCCCCGCGCUGCUGCGUGAAGAACGUUUCUCCUUGGUGUGGCCUCGAGAGAGGGAAGAAGCCGUGUACUAUGAAAACGAUGACGGGAUCAAACGAGUUCAAACUCAAUCAAACUCCAGAUGAUGGGAUUUCAUCGGUCAAGUUCAGUCCAAAUACCUCUCAGUUUCUGCUUGUUUCAUCCUGGGACACUACAGUCCGUCUCUAUGAUGUUCCUGCCAACAGCAUGAGACUCAAAUAUCAACAUUCAGGAGCUGUCCUUGACUGUGCUUUUUAUGACCCUACCCAUGCAUGGAGUGGAGGAUUAGAUCAGCAGUUGAAAAUGCAUGAUCUAAACACGGACCAAGAAAACCUUGUUGGUGGCCACGAUGCACCUAUCAGAUGUGUUGAGUAUUGCCCAGAAGUGAAUGUCAUGGUGACUGGCAGCUGGGAUCAAACAGUUAAACUGUGGGAUCCCAGAACACCUUGCAACGCAGGAACCUUCUCUCAGCCAGAAAAGGUGUACACGCUGUCUGUGUCUGGAGAUAGGCUGAUUGUGGGGACUGCAGGUCGCAGGGUGCUGGUGUGGGAUUUGCGCAACAUGGGUUACGUUCAGCAGCGAAGAGAAUCGAGCCUGAAAUACCAGACCCGCUGUAUCAGAGCGUUCCCAAAUAAACAGGGUUAUGUUUUAAGUUCCAUUGAAGGUCGUGUUGCAGUGGAGUAUUUGGAUCCAAGUCCUGAAAUACAGAAGAAGAAAUAUGCAUUCAAGUGUCAUCGUUUGAAAGAGAACAACAUUGAGCAGAUUUAUCCAGUUAAUGCUAUUUCUUUCCAUAAUGUCCACAACACGUUUGCUACAGGAGGUUCUGAUGGGUUUGUAAAUAUCUGGGAUCCAUUUAACAAAAAGCGGCUGUGUCAGUUCCAUCGGUAUCCCACAAGCAUAGCAUCACUUGCCUUCAGCAACGAUGGAACCACCCUUGCAAUAGCUUCUUCAUAUAUGUAUGAAAUGGAUGACAUUGAACAUCCUGAAGAUGGUAUCUAUAUUCGCCAAGUGACAGAUGCAGAAACAAAACCUAAGUCUACUUAGAGAAGAGAUAUCAGUGGAGGUCUACAAGAGUUGCCCACCUGUUUCUAACAAGACUAAGAUGAAGUAAUAGAAAUGGGAAGAACAGCCUGUUUAGAUGUUAUUUUUAACUAAACUAUUUCUUUGUAUAUUGUCCUAUGUCUUAAUCCAUUGUUACUUUUCUGCUUACAUAUGGUCUCAUUAGCACUUUUGCUCAACUUGUUCCCUCCCGUAGGUAAUUUUCUGUAUACCUUUAUAAACUUGCAACCAUUUUGUAGUAUUGUUCAUUAUGAAAUCCUGCAGCGGUCUCAGAUGUUCAAUAAAUAUCCUUAGAUUUUUGAAA